GGAGAAAGAGGGGAUAACCGACGGUGCAUAAUGACGUGAUGGUUCCGGUUGUAGAGCGAGCGCAGGGGGGAUCCGAGCGUCUUUAAUGACCGGUGCUGGAGAGGCUACCACGGGACUUCAUUGUGUGCAGAACCAACUCCACUUAUAUAAAAAAAAAGGUUCUCUAACAGGUUCCCGAGAUUUCCUUCAAUCAGAAAGGGGGCUUUGCAGCACAUUCAAGGAUGUUAUCCCCCAGAUGGUGACUUCUGCAGAAGCUUCUUUCUUCUCCGGCCGGAGUUACAGUGAGAGGAUGUUAUGAGAGGAACACCGCUCAGGCCUGACAUGGUUUCCUACCUUCUCACACUCCUCCAUCUCUGCACCUCCCGCUGUCUUCUAAUGGUUUGAUGGAGAGCUGGUCGAAUGUCAGCGGGAACUAUUGUUAUAUCCGGAGGAAUUCUCGCCGGAGUGAUACUGCUGUGCAUCGUAGCAGUGCUCUGUUACUGUAGACUCCAGUAUUACUGCUGUAAGAAGAAUGGUUCUGAGGUGGACGUGGGAUCUGUGGUGGGAGCGGAUCCUCUCUCUCAUUUUCCCUGCAAUGCCUGCAACGCCCUCGCCAUGGACGGUGCGGCCAUCACCCCGGUCUCUCUGGAUCAGCUGGAAACGGGAACCCACCACAACCACUGCCCCACCUGUUCCCCGUACACCCUGCGCUCUGGACUCUCAAACAGCCUGCGUAACGGCGGGGAGCGACUGGGCUUCCACACCUACUACGAGAACCCGUCCGUCUCGCUGCCGCUGUCCGCAAACCCACAGGGCUCCUCGCCUGUGAGUUACUACAGUCCCACAGACGACUUUCCUCCCCCACCACCACGCUCCUACAGCACCGAUGUCUGACCUCUGCUGCAACAUGAACACACACUCACACAUUCUGAAUAAAUUCACAAGAUGGAUUUUGAUGCAGCACAAUGACAAACAUUACAGCAUAUGCUCACUUCUGCCACAGAUUUCCUCCAUGGGGGUGACCCAUAAACUGGGCCCACUGACAGAGAGGUAAUACACCCAUGGGCAGCACCAUAAACCAGAGGUCAGCAGAGAGGUGGUACAUAACUCUAGCAAAACCUCAUUUUGUUUCACACAAGGCCAAAUCACAUGCGUUAAUAAAAGGUGUCUAAAUUUAAGUAUAGAGGCACAUGGAUUGAUGCAUCAUUCAAGACACUUUUUAUGCUGGUCAGGGACAUGUGUGACCAUGCAUACAGUUUAGCGGGAACACAAUGGGCCCCAGGUACAAUAGAAAACAGGCAAGUCAAUGUUCUAUGAAGGUGCUAGGGAUGAAAUUCCCCUAAGCCAUGAUGAUUACAAAUUAAACAUUAAAAAAAUGUUACACUUUCCCCACAAACUCCCCGCUAACUUAUAAAUGAAUAUGCACUUUUGCACCAUAUGAUUUGAAACAAAACGCAAUGAUGUCCAAAUAAAAAUGUUUCUGGAUUUCAUUUAGUAUUUAUCAAAGGAUGGAGGGAAGAACCUUGAAAGUGAAAAUUCAAGUAAAUAUGAAUUGGCUAUUCAUUAUUAAUCACUUUAUUCUUCUUACAGAGUAUGCUGAAUUGUUUGAACCCGUUCACACUUUUGUUCUGUUCAGCUGUUCUGCUACUAAAAAAACAUCUCUCAUUUAUGCUAGUAAUAAAUGAUGUUCAAUUAAUUUGUGUAAAAAGUGUAGUUGAACACGGCGACUAUCAGCAACCAAACUAUUUCCCACAACAAUCAACACCAAAUAACAAGGAUCUUUUGAGAUGCUUAUUAAACUUAAAGGGAAAUUAUUAUUAAGGAAGUAGAAUUUUCUGCUGCUGCUCUUAACACAUUAUUCAGAAGCAUGCUAUUAAGGGCCUAUAUUUUAUUUCAAUUUGAUUAACUUUUAGACAUUUAAAAAGAUAGUUUAGCCCAAAAAGAUUAUAAAUACCUUCAUCAGGUAGAAACAUAGAAAAGGUGACCCUGUUCCCCUGACAAAACAAACCGUCUCAAUCAUUGAUUGAUUGAUUAUCAGUUAGCAGAAUGACAAACUUCUCACACACUGAUAGAUAAUUCAGCUUUGUAGAACAACUUGGAUAACCAUUUUAAGUCAAGAGCCAAGGUAGCUUGAAUUGGCCACAGAAAUCCUCUCAAGCUGUAAAACAAGAGACUGCAAUUUAUUUGAUAUCGUUUACAGCCGGCCAUAGUUUUACUAUAAAUGGGGGUUUCUUGUGAUGGCAGGAGUUAGCUGCAGUCUGCAGGGGCUUGGUCUUCACAGCCUAACUACAAGUGAUAACAUUACAGAGUCUGAGAGAGAACACUGCCAUGUCAGUUUCUGUUAUUCUCCCCUGCAUUGUUCCCCUCUCCCUGUGCUGUUGUUAACCAAGAGGGUCAAUGCUAAUAUGAGAAAACCUUCCCCCCUCCCUCCACUCCCUCCCUCCCUCCCUACCGAACAUGAGGGCUAACACUUUUUCUAUUGGGUGUUGUUGUUUGCUCACCACAGAAACUACUAAUGGAGCCUAAGUGUUGUUUAUUUCCAGAGGAAACACAUGAAAAGUGAAGGAGAAAAUAGAAUCAAAAGUAUGCUAGAAGAGUAUGAAUUUAGUUAGCUUGUGUUUUCACUCCUGGUUAAUGAAACUAGUCUACCAAAAGGGUUUGGUUCUGCAGUUUCUAUGAUAAAAGUCGAUGUAUUUAACCUUUUUCAUGUUUACAGAUUGAGAUAAACAAAAGGAAAUCCGACGUUAGAGGUGUUGUCGGCAGAAAGGAUCAUGCACUAUGCUUUGUUGAUCUUGAAGCUUAAGUUUUGUAUCUUAUAAGCCAUUAUAUCUGCUAUACAGUACAGUAUCAAUAUGCAGUGUUAUUCCACAGUACAUGCCUGAAUCUCUAUAUUUUUAAGGAGUGUUGUAGUGUUUGUGAGCAACGUCAGGGCUUAAGUGUGUUUUUGUGAGUUUGGACGAAAUGUGAGUUUUUCAUGCUUUUCAGUUAUUCUGCCAUCUUGAUUUCUCUCUGUAUUUCUGUCAGUGAUACAAACGAGAUAUUACAUGAGAAGAGAAUGGAAAUGUACAUUUGGAACAGAAAAUGGGCUUUAAAUUAAUGAAAAUGUGGUAAAUUAUUUAAAAAUAUAAUGAUAUUUAGCAGAUUAUUAGUUAGAAACUUAUAAAAUAUAUUUAAUCUGUAUUUUGUAACACCACAUUGUUUCACUGAGCUUUGUAAUCACGUCUCCUGACUUUCCUCACUUCACUUCCCCUUGUUAGUCAGAGGUUUGUACGAAAUGAUAUAUAGAUGAAGUAUACUUUUCUGUUAAUUUAGAUGUCCACCCAGCAUUGGUGUUCACUGCCACAUUGCAAAUAUGUUCACUCAACAAAUGUGGUCCCCAUAUCUUGAUGAAGGGGGUUUUGUUUUGUGAUUACCAAUAUGUUGCACCACUGAGAGCACCACUGUUGUAUCAGAGUGUUAUUUAUAGGUUCCCAUUUCUUUGUCUAACUGUUGAAAAUUGUAUUUUUCCGAUUUUUCUCUAUGAAACUGGAAUAAGUUUUGGUAUUCCCUGAUUCAAAAUCCACCAUGUC